AUGGUUGAGGAGCUGUACAGCCUCGAUGAGUCCAACUUCAAGGAUGUUCGACCGGUGUAUGGCCUUGUGUUCCUGUUUAAAUGGACGGGAGAUGACGAGCGACACACCACCGAACCACAAAACGAGCCUGGUCUUUUUUUUGCACGUCAGGUUGUCCAAAACGCAUGCGCUACCCAAGCGAUACUCAGUGUACUUCUCAACUGCGCAGACAAGAUCGACAUUGGCGAGACGCUGUCGGACUUCAUGACUUUCACACGAGACUUUCCACCGGAAAUGAAGGGUUUGGCGAUCAGCAAUAGUGAGACCAUCCGGUCGGUGCACAACGGAUUUUCGAGUCAAGAACCUUUUGUGACUGACGGAAAGGACGAUGGGGGCGAGAACCAAGACGCGUUCCAUUUCGUGGCUUUCGUUCCGUUCAACGGCAAGGUUUUUGAGCUGGAUGGUCUGAAGUCUGGGCCAGUGAAUCUUGGCGACAUCCCUGGGCAUGGUGGAAACCUCGCUAGCGCUUCUUGCUCUGGAAUCCACGGUGACGACUGGCUAAGCGUGGCGUCCCCGGCGAUCGAGGAGCGCAUCGCGAGACACUCCGCCGGAGAGAUCCGGUUCAACCUCUUGGCGAUCGUCAAGAACCGCAAGCAUGUGGCAACGGAAGAACGACAGCGUUGCAUGCGGCGUGUGGAAGCUUUGGACCGAGAAUUGUCGAGUAGAGGCCGGGUACAACAGCCUGAGGCCGCCGCGCUCUCUGCGCUGAAGCAGGAGGAAAACUUCGCGCUGGAGAGUCAGCGGGCGGCAGCGCUGCGCGUCGCCGAGGAGUGCGAUGUGACCGUCGCUCUUGAGGAAGCAAAGUUUGCUCAAUGGAGGAAGGAAAACAUGCGCCGCAAGCAUGACUAUGUUCCGUUCGCUGUGAAGCUCCUGGACCUCCUGGCUCAAAAGACAGAUUUUGAUGACGUGGUCGAGUCCAUGAAGUCCAAGGCGAAACACCGGGAAGACGCUAGGACUAGCGCUGGAGAAGGAUCGGAGGGUAUUAAAUAGUAACCAUCUCUUCGCCAGCGGCGACUCCCUCACGCAGCGGCAACCUCCAUUUAUGGAACGGAGCGACCCCGAGGGGAGUAGAUAAAGUACCGUGGAGUCGUGAAGGCCACAUACGCGAUUUAAAGCGGGACACGACGUCGCUUGCAAGACAACAGGCGUCAACGGUGUCGAGUGUGUCAUGAGAUAUGCUAUGAGGUUGAAAGCCAGGAUCGCCGUACUAGAAUCCCACGCGACUGGCAUCGGUUUUUGUUGUGUGGGUGUGUUCGUGCCAUCUAUUCUGGUGCGAGGCUAGACAUCUUUCGGUGUAUGUGGUGGACGUAUAAGUUGGGGUCGCACAGGACAAAGGUCGCACAUGCCGCCGAAAAUUUGAACACGACUUAUGUAGUCGCCAUGCAAAGACAGAACAACUAGUCUAUUUUGUCGCCACACAAAUACAGAACGCCCGCAGAGCACAGACAGAGCCGCACCAUGAUGCACACGAAUGAAUGUUUGAUGACUCGACGUUCUCCCCAAAAUCUAUGAUUGUUUUCCCUGGUUGGUCGCGGCGGUUCAAAACCAAGAACCAAUGAGGGGCGCGAUUCUCCGUACGGUGUCAGUGCUGCGUAGGUUUUCCCAGAUUCUGUUGCGAAGUCAGACAUCCAGGCAUACUUUUAGAGGAUGGACCUCGCCUCGGGAUUCGGGUCUUCAAACCGCGGCAGGAUCGCUCUGAUUGAAAGGUUGGACACGCUCACGUCAAAAUCUAUUCGUCGCCAUGCAAAGAUAGAACGCCCGCAGAGCAGAGACAAGAGCCGCACCAUGAUGUACACAGAAUGACGUAUGAGGGGCGCGAUUCUCUGUAAGGUUUCAGUGCUGCGUAGAUUUUCUCAGAUGCUGUUGCGAAGUCAAACAUCCAAGCAUACUUCUGAGGAUGUAUCUCGGCUCGGGAUUCGGGUCUUCAAACCGCGGCAGAAUCGCUCUGAUCGAAGAUUCGACACGCUCAAGACAAGAUACAAUUCAAACGCCAUUGCCAACAAAGUCGCGCGGUGUCGUAAAUUAGGACACCGUGGAGGUGGUACCGGUCAUAUCGCAGCGAUGAUGGGUCACUUUGGGCCGAAAGAGAGCUUGCGUGAAGUCUGCGAGCUGCUGGAACACAGUGAAGGUGUUUUUGAAGAAUUAUUGGCGGUGUCGAAACAACGGCGUUGUAAAUAGCAUGAUCGCUUUGACCUAAAGCUGUUCGUGAUCCCAUGCAGCUGCCCAUAGCAUGACCUUUGCUUCUUGAGUGUUUACCGGGCACGUCGGAAUUGAGUGCUUCUUCUCAUGGCCAAGUUCUUACGUGCGGUUGCGAUCUGUAAUCCCUUGUAAGUACAAGCGAGUUCUUUCUUUGGUACUUUUUCUUUGGAUCGGUCCAUACAGUACAUCCAGGGUCAAAUAGGAGGGGGUAAACACCGAGCCUUUUUCCUUACUGUUACGAGAUUUCUUUUGCGAGAAGAGUGGUCCGUGUAGGUGUGCGCUCAUUUAAGGCAUCGUGUGCAUGAUGCGUAUGCGCGCAAAAAAAAAAAGAAAGUUGACCAUGAGGGGGGGGGGGAAACGGCGCCAUGCGUGCCUGUCUGUCCGUCCAUCUAAGGUGCCUAAAUAUGCCAGCAGACUGGAGCCCAUUUCACCAUCUAGGCACCAAAUUGCAAUCUAAGACUUGCGCAGAAUAAGUAAAUUUUUGGCGCGGGCUCUCCCAACUACUACCUUUUCAUUCCGUGGUCGGUGCGUCGAGAUAGCACAGCAUCUGUGCAAGGGGCCCUCCAAGUGGAAACCGUGGAACACCCCAGCUCCCCCGCCCCCCGGGCCAAGAUUGACACGCAGGAUCACCACUCUAGGUGGCUCACUUGCAGCAGCGUUUGUAUAGGAGUUAGUGUUUCGAUAUUAAAACCAACUUAAUGUUCACUGUUUUAGCUUUCGUGCCGCAUUCUGAACCCAUUAAUUCUAGACUAUUCAUAGUGUAGGGCUUAGCAAGGUCAUACUAUAUCCUCCCCCCAUCGUGACCAAGAUUGAAGCGUAAGCAGGGGAUGUUCCACAGUUUCCACUAGCUCUGCGUGGGAUCCCGUGCGCGCGCGUGUGCUCGCGUUGAAAAAGCGCGCGAAAAAUGUAGGAAGCCCCGGGGAUUUGGUCAAAUUGUCCCCUCCGGAGACUAAGGGCCGUUUUAAACGGACCGACUCUUUGUCAAAAUUUUUGAAAGUGUCAAAAAAAUGGAACCUGUAUGUAGGCGUUUGUCCAUUUUUUUCAAAAAUAUUUGGAACGAAGUUGGGCGCGAAAACUUUGCUCCACUUCGUUCCAACUUUUUGACAACCCUCUCAAAGUAUUUGGAGCACUUUCCAAAGUACCCUUGCAGAGGCACGCGAGGGCUGCUGCGUCUGCACCACGAGUGCCCCUCACCGUAGAAAGUCAUCUAGGGUUGUGUGCGAGUCAUCUGUCGCUGUCGCUAUUGCUAUCGUCGCUGUUGCCAACGUUGAUGAUGCUGUCUGCUGUUGCUGUGUCGUCCGAAAAACGGCGGUCCGCCAUGAUGGCUUGCAGUUGUUGCUUCCCGUCCGCCGCUUUGUUUUUUCCUUUUCCCGGUGGGUAGGAGCAGUGGUUGCCACCCCUCGCCGGCGGCCUGCUCCACCCUCGCUCUGAGUGUUGGUGGCGGCAGCGCCUCCCGUGGUCACAUGAGUGUUCCCCGAGAUGCCAGGCAGCAGCACUAUCUUGCUGGAGAGCAAGCCUCCACCGCCUACGGCGGCACCGAGAGAGCCCGUCUGCUGGAAUUUCGCCGGGGUUUUGGUCUGCCGGCCACGCUGGGUGGUCGUGAUAUCCAUGUCGGUGUCCAUGAUGUCGUGUUUUCCGCGGUUUGUGUUGUGUCGUCUGUGUUGUCUCGAAGUGAGCGCUACAACUCACGGACGGCGUCAUUCUUUUUUACACAAGUUGCACAAGUCCACGUCACACGUUUAAAAUGACUGCACACAGGUUCCAAGUUUUUGAAAGACAGAUGUCGAAAAUUUUGACAAAAAAGUCGGUCCGUUUAAAACGGCCG